UCCAGUUAUUAACCUGAAUUUAAGUGCUAAUAGAGCGGCGAGUUUGGUUGCAUCAAUUUUGAUUACGCGCCGCGCGUUGAUUUAAUUGAGCUUCUUUUAAAUUGACUACGGACGGGCCCGGCGCUGGAUAUCUUCUCUCAUCGUUCGAAUUAAUUCAACAAGUACAAAUAAGAGAGGCCUUGCGCACUGCACUAAUCACCGAUUGAGCCAAUUUAGCCAUCGCCAUGGACGCCGGCCCGUUCGACGACUUCCCAGACUUCGCGCCCAUCGCCGGAGGCGGCGGCGGCGGCGGCACCUGUGGGGUCGGAGGCGGCCUCAAGGCCAAUGCCGCCGCCGCCGCGAGGGUGGCCAACUUCCAUUCCAUCAAUGUCGUGCUCGGCCUCACGCAGGCCGAAAUGUUCAAGCUCGAGUCGUCGCCGAACGACCACCUUUCCGUGCCCGACCUCAAGGUGAAGCCGCCUCCCGCCCCCACCUCCAGGAUCGAGAGCACCAAUAACUCAGUUUCCACGGAAAUUUCACACCUGCAACCUGUUGCACAAGGUUGCCGAGCGCGUUGCAUACCCGUUCAUUCGCAGGAGUUAAAAUUUCCAGAUAAGCUAUCGUUCUCGUGCGGGGCCGACGUGUCGAGCAAAAAGUCCGACUCGAAGAGCAAGAAAAACGUCGACGCGAACGGAGUGAAGAAGAAAAAGACUAGAACCACAUUCACGGCUUAUCAGCUCGAGGAGCUAGAGAGAGCUUUCGAAAGGGCGCCUUACCCUGACGUCUUCGCCAGGGAGGAGUUGGCACUGAAGCUCAACCUGAGCGAAUCACGCGUUCAAGUGUGGUUCCAGAAUAGGAGAGCCAAGUGGCGCAAGAGGGAGCCCCCGAGAAAGACGCAAUAUCUCAACAAUGCAACCCCGAGCACGGGUUCGAUCCUGGCGCCCAACUUCGGUGCGUUCAACGCGUCGGCGACGGUGCCGGAGUCGUGGUCGUACAGCAGCAGCGGCGCAUCGGUGUCGUCGACGAGCGGGGCGCCGAGCUACGAGCCGAGUCCGCCGAACAACCAGCCGUACUCGUUCAACUUCGGCGGCUCGGCCGGCGGCACGGUGGGCGGCUACCCGGCGCCCUACUCGAUGCACGACACGUUCCUGCUGUCGGCGGCGCUGCCCAGCAUGCGCACCCCCUCCGAGUACGCCAUGCCCGCGAGUGGCAACCCCGGCGGCGCCGACUACGGCCAGCCCGGCUCGCAGGAGGGCGUCGACUACCAGGAGGAGCUGAUGCAGCACGACGAGCGGCAGGAGUUCGAACACCCUGACGACUCGCUGCACAACGACCCUGGCAAGGUCGUCGACAACGCCGCCCCCGACGCCCCCUACGUCGGCCUGCCCCCUUUUCCCAAUUGAUGGACUCGCUGCAGAUUAACAAGUGACACACACGACACAACGCGCCACGGUUGCCUUGCGCGGCCCAGUGACCCCGGACAAAAAUCCACAGUUGAAAUCUCCGCGAGAGUUGUUCAAAUGCGGACGUGUUUUUUCAGGGUUGCAUUUUACUAUCAGUUUUUUUUUUUAAUUUCUAGACCGGAUUUUUAUUUUUUUAUUUUUCAGUCGAAGUCAUGAGCAAAUAUUAAAAAAUCGAAAGAGUUAAAAUUUGAAGGGCUUGGUGUUUUUGCUUUCCAGCAGGAUAAAUUCUGAAACAAUAAAGAGCACACCUUUCAAUCCGAAGAUUAUGGUGUUUUCCGCUACCACUCAAUAGAGAUGACAAUUUUCCCCAGGAAUAGCUCCCAUAAUAUCAAAUGGAAAUUCUUUAUGAAAUUUAAGACUACCCUAUUUUCUUGAAAUGUGGUUGGAUUACAAUAAACUUAAAAUUUUUGUAAUAUAUAUGCUCAUCGAAACGAAUUAAGUGAUGUUGUGAAAUUCUCGUAAUUUUAAAAAAGUUCGGGAUUUUAAUGUUUAGGGAAAAUCACGUGGCUUGUGUUAGAGUUUUAAUUAUUUUCUAAAUACCAUAAAAUCAAGCUCAAUUUGUUUCUGGUAGGAUUGAAUCAACUUUUCUGGGAAAUUUAUUCGCAGAUAAUUUUUUUAAAAUUGCAAAUUAACUUUCCGAAUUUGCUAUGAUUUUUGCUCUAGAUUUCGUAGUCUCUGAAUUAAAAAGCCUGCGUGUAAUUUGAUUAAUCAGAUAAACGUUAGAAUUAAAGUUGAAAACUGCGACUAACGAAAAAUAUCUUUUAAAUUCAAACUGCAGGAUAUCAGUAAGAGAAAACACAAAUUAUUGUUGGGCUCAUUAUGAACGAGGCUCGCCAAUUUUUUCAAGAUUCCAAGUAUUUUUUUUUUGCAAAAAUGUAUAAGCCCAGUACAACCCUGAAAUCUGUCCGUUGAAUGUAGAGGUUUUCGACCGGGAUGUUUUCGAGGGAGGCAUUUUGCGCCAUGCUUGCGGACGGAAGGAAUUAUCUAGCGAGGGAACUUCUAUUUUGUAAUUUGCUAAGGUUUUAAUCUGUAGACUAGCCAUUUCAAACGGAAUUAGAGUGCAUUUUUAUUUUUUCUUUGAUUAAAUCUAGCGCCACUGUACAUUCAAUAAAGAGUUGUGAUGUUUGAAAUUCA